ACCAUUAUUUUUAACAUCCACAACCUUUAAGUGGAACAACAAAAACAACACCCAAUCCAAAAUGUCUUACACCGCAGCAGCAGCAGCCUUAUCAUCGUCGUGUAUACGGAUCGACAACACUAUUUUACCUGGUCGUCGUCAUCAUCAUCAUCAAGAUGCUGUUGUUAAUAAUAAUAAUAAUAAUCCAUCUUUUGGCCAUCGUCCAAGAUUUCAAUCCAGGCAUUAUCAAAUCACACCACCAAAAUUUCGUCAUCAUUUUCUCCGCUGUCUCCCUCCUCCUGCUCAUGGGUCCUCAGAUCCUCCCGGCAGAUCUGUAGAGCAAGAAGGUUCAGGGGAGAACAAUGGAAGUCAAGCAAAGUCAUCCUCAUCAUCCGAGAUAUUGAAAAAGCUCAGUAGAUAUGGGCUAUCAGGGAUAUUGUCAUAUGGGCUACUUAACACUGCUUAUUAUCUUUCCGCCUUUCUUGUGGCAUGGUUCUACAUUGCACCGGCUCCCGGUAAAAUGGGUUAUUUCACAGCAGUUAAAAGGUUUGUGAAAUUGAUGGCCAUGGUCUGGGCUGGAAGCCAAGUAACUAAGCUAUUGAGAGCUGGAGGGGCUUUGGCACUUGCACCUGUUGUUGACAAAGGUUUAUCUUGGUUCAUCUCCAAGUUUAGGUUUAAAUCACAGGCAAAGGCCUUUACAGUGAUUGUUGGGUGCUGUUUUGGGCUUGCUGCUGUGAUGUUUAUCGUCGUGACGCUGCUUUCCGCUUAAACCUUCUUUGCUCCUAACCUUCAAAGUUAACCUCAAUCCCCAUCUCUAUAGUUUUUUGGGUACGAAUUUGAAAUUUUGACUCACUAUGAGUAUGAGGACAUGUAUGUCUUUCUCUUUUUUUUUUCUUUAAAACUAAGUAGUUACAUGCAAUGGUUUUGAAAACCAGACAAGUUCAUUUGACUGUCUGCUCAUCAUUAACUUACAAAGUUAAAGAAGUUUAAACUCGGCGAUUCUAGUUUGUAUCUUUAUUACCAACUCGACCUAAGAAAGAACGAUCUUGGUAUGUAACCUUUUCUGCAAUUGUAACUUAAGCCACUUUUCUUCUUA